UCUCGGUCUCGGUCUCGGUCUCGGUCUCGGUCUCGGUCUCGGUCUCGGUCUCGGUCUCGGUCUCGUCGGAGUUUUUGGCGCGGUCGUCUGCCUCCGCCUGUUGUUCGCUUGCCUUGGUUCCGUCUCGGCGGCGGGCUGGGCUGGGCUGCUCGUCCUGAGCCGAGGGCCCGAUGCCUACCAGUCUUGGAGGUGCACAAGUCGGGGGGGGGGGAGACAGAGUCGGCGGUCUGACCCUGUUCUUUGUGCCCUUGCCUUGCGAGUCGCUAUCGCUCGACCAAACUGAUCUCGACCGAAACCCGCUUGAGAAUUGGCGUCGACAGAGCUGCAGCCAUGAUGCAGCCCUCUCCGUUAACAGCGAGCAGCGGGAUUGUCUCAUCUGAAAUACUUCCGGAUAUAAACGUGCCCAGGAUGUAUAUACUGGCAUUAAUGAAUGUGAUACAGCUCGAAAGUCCAGCGUAUCCCGCACCCGAGGAUUUCCUGGCCUUCGAUGGCUUCGAGGAGUGGUCCAAUAAUCCGUCCCUUCCCAGGCCCUCUUUCCAGGAUAUCUUGAUGGAUUACCUGCAGUCCAACUGCCUGCUUUCUCCACAGGACCGAGGUGCUUCGCGUGAUACGGCCGCUCACCAAACUCUGAACUUUACUGCAGUCAAGGCAAGUGACCUGGCACCAUCUCCAGACGGGCAUCCUCGGAACCCAUAUUGCAUGGUUCAAAUAGAGCCCAGCCUUCCGAGCCCGGACGGGCAAUCCGCAAACGAGCUCGCUGGCUUCGUUACCGAUGCCGUUAGCGGUACAACAAGUCCUGUAUGGGAUCAGCAUAUAAGCCUCGAAAUCAAGAGUAUCGCAGAUCAGCUCGUCGUCUGUGUCUUUGAUAAGAGCGAUGGCAAGAAGAAGGACGAGCAUCUCGGACAAGUUACCAUCUCGGUCAUGACCAUUGUCCGGUCCUGUGCUUCUGUUGGCUUGUUUUCGGGUUGGUGGUCGCUCGGAUCAAAGCCGACGAGGAAGGGCAAGGAUAAAGCUGCUGAAUGUGGCCAGAUUUAUCUUGAGUUUUGCCUGGAUCGGGCCCCCAAAAAAAUUUCGGCCGCUCAGCCAGCAGAGAAACUCAGUGCAAUAGCCGAGAAGUUUGCCGUCCUUCAGCAGCGCAUCAUGUCUACAAAGCUCCGCAAUCUCAGCCUCUAUCGCCACUUGCUUCGCUCGACUCUGACCUUAGAGCUCACUGUGAACCGAGAUCGCAUCCUGGACGUCACAAAGUAUCUGCUGGGCAACGAAGCCAACCAGAUCUUGAAAUACUUUGCCAGGGUUUGGGGUGUGGGCCACGCAUUUCAGCAGAUCAUGCUGGUCGAGCUCCUGUUCAGCAAAUACCAGUCAUUUGAGAUCCCGCUCGCUGCCCUCUGGGUCUCUCAAAAAGCUCUCUACGACGGAGCCAAGCAGUCCGGCUGGAUCACUGUGCUUGAGCGCGAAUACCUCUCGAAUCUGCUUUCCGAGAUGGCUGUCUACUUCACCAACCAGGUGAAACGCUACAAAGAGCUUUUCCCCAAAAACACGCCCCCAACGAAUCUGUAUGCCACCUUCAUAAUGCUACGGAUGAUCAAGAAGAAUGAUAUUUACCGCGAAGCGCACCCCGAAACGAACCCUAGCUUUCGAUUGGAUCUACAGCAUCAUAUGGUCGAUGCGUGCAAAGCACGUUAUCGUCAGCUCAGCGAGCACUCACGGCCCUUUGACCGAUCUGACCAUCAAGCUGUUAUUGAGGGAUACAUUCGUCUGACCGAGUCUCUGGUGGACGAUAUCAACUUGGACGUGCAGUAUUUUGCUGAUCCAUUCAAAAGAGAGCUGGAUAUUGUUGCCAUCACAGUUUCCAUCUACCAGUAUAUGCUCAAGACCAGUUUACUCGGUGACCCGGACAUCUCGAACUGCAGUGCAAACGAAGAGGUCUCGGAGCUGAUGUUCCAACUGCACGAGCGAGUGCAGUCUAUGGAGGAGCUCUUUGGAAAGGAAUCACUGCUGACGGGAUCACGGCCGAUCCCCACAAGAGAAUCCAUCUUCCAGUACUUUGUGAGCUCCUGGAUUGAUGAAUUGCUCUCACAAGCUCCGAAUUGGGUAUCUAGAGCCAUUGAUCUUGACGAGUUUUCGACUGUGGUCAGUCAAAGCGAUACUGAAGCCCCCGCUUGCUCGAGCUCGGCCCUGGACGUCAUGAGCCUCGUUGAGGCCAAGCUGAUGAAGCUUUUAUCGCUCAAAUGGGACGAACCUGAGCAGAAGUACAAUUUCAUCCUCGAUUAUUCGAAGGUCAUUCACGCGAUGGUGACCAACUAUGUCAACGAGAUCAAAAAAACGUGUGUCUCGGCAAACGACUCCAUUACAGGGAUUCUUCAUCCAAUAUACGGUAGUCGAGAAUCUGCCACGGUUUUAGUUGAGGUGUGCCUGAAGCUAUCAAAUCUCGAUUAUCUCGUCAACCGGCUAUACCACAUCCACUCUCUCCUGCGCGAUGCCGUCGAUAUCUGUCCCAGCACAGAUCAAAACUGCUUGGGCGGUAAAUUGUCGGUCAGUCUUGUCAAGAUCGAAGACGUCGAGGACAAUGCAUCCCUGAGGAUCAAUUUUGUGAUGCCCACCCGCCCAUGGGACGAGGCAUGCGAGGGGUUCGACGAGCCACCAACACUCCUUCACGUUGAGUAUGCCGAUAGCUCGAUCGACGGUCCUCCGACUGUGAAGAGCUUCCCUACUGCGGCGCGCCUUGAGGUCCAGCUAAUUGCCAAGUCGGGCGAAAGUCCCAAAGCAGCCGAAGUUAUAGGGAAGGCAUAUUUGGAAUUGAAGAAAGGCUCCAGUCUGAGAAACAUCCUUGAGGAUUACAACUCACACGAGCUUUCUAUGGAGAUGCGGCCUCGUGGCAAACUCACAGUGAUGAUGCAGCUUCACCGAAAUCCGAGCGAUAUUUCAACUUGGCUCAGCCACAGCAGGGCCGAGAUAAGCUCGUCCAUUGUGGUACUGAUUCGGUACAUUGCCUCUCUGGUUGCUCCAGAUAUCCGGGGUAUGAUGGAAAAGGCCAUACGAGACCAGGAGGCUGCACCGGCAAAGCGGCAGCGAGGAGUGCUCGGCGUCUUUGCCGGCAUUCAGUACUCCCAGGAAACAGUCGAUGGACAUAUGAUCAAUGUGCCUGCCACAAUGAGGCAGGUUGAAGAGUCGCUUUCUCCGUUCGUGGGUUUGCUUGAAGAUUGCUUCAAGACCAUCUGUGCGCAUCUGUCCACCAGGCUUUCCAAUUUGAUUAUCAAGAAGAUUUGGAUCGAUUUUUUGCUCUCCGCAGAGUCACUGCUUCUACCGCCAUUGGCAGGCUCGCUAACGGAUCGAGACAGGAAGCUCUGGAACAGUCAGCAACUUAUUCAGAGCUCCAGUGGGUACUGA